AUGUCAAGCUCUCACUUUUCCCGCUUUUGCGUGCGAUUUACAGCCAAUAGAUCAUAUUUGCAUAACCUGAAGCCGAACCCUCACAUCCGUAACUUUCACCCUUCGAGAUCAAACUACCUCUUGCCCGAACUCCUGCAGCUUUCUCAUGCUGCCUUCCAAGGAGUCCACGACUUGACGGGUCUGUCUUGGGUCUAUUCCAUCCCUCUGACCGCAGCCCUCUUCAGAGCUUCAUGGAUACCAGUCCAGUGCAUCAUCGCUCGAAAUCGGCGACGACGUCUUCUCGUCAGUCAACCUCUACUUGCCUGGCGCCAGAUUUACCGAAAGUCAGUUCCACGUCCACCAGGUCCCCCAACAGAUGAAGAUGCAGCAAAAGCAAAUGAAUGGGUCAAACAGAAACUGGGGAUGCGUCAAUUAUCAUUGCGGAGAGACCUUCCCUACAUGAAUCUCAAGUGGGAAUUCAUCCUUCCCUUGACGUUCUUGCCCAUAUGGUUCCUGAACGCGGAAACCAUCAGGAGGAUGAGCGGUGACACGAGGACCGCCUUGGCCUGGAUAGGAGGACGAGGCCACGUCGACGACUCGCCCGAGUCGGUUUUGGUCCCCCUUGAGCCUGGGUUUGAACUCGAGAGUAUGGCAUGGACCUCUGAUCUGGUCUCCUCUGAUCCAUUCCUCAUUCUUCCUGGAAUUUUUCUGUUUCUGUCUGUCUGGAAUGCCAGAAUCGCCGUGGGUAAAGCGCCAGAUACAAAUGUCCAAAACGACCUCCGGAGAACGGUUGCUGGACGGUUAUCACUCGAGCUGCCCCAGGCUAUCCAGACCAUCGCGUUUGUGUUUCCCUUAAUAUUGAUGUGGCAAGGAAUCCCAUCGGCGGUGAUAUUGUAUUUGAUUGGAUCUGCGGCCACAAUGAUAGUACAAAGGCCUCUCAUAAAUCGCUUGAUGGGUGAGACUAAGGUCAUCAAGCCCCUGAAUGCCAGAUUACCGGAGGAAAUAUCUAUCCUGGGCACCUCCAAACCGAAAAGACGGCCCUUGCCAAACGGGAUGAAAAAGCUUUUGUAG